UUACUUUUAAUGAAAAUCCAUUAUUCACUGUUACUUUUAACUUGAUCGAUGAGACUUCAACAAUGUUAAAUUUAGAAGUGCCAAAGGUAGUCCUCAUUACUAGAGAAAACUUGAUAAAAAUUUUAAGAGUCACUGAACAGAAUAAAAAGAAAAUUGCAAUCGAUGAUGAUGUG